ACUUGAGUGCCAUCGCCGGAGGGCUCUCGUCGAAUCUUGAGGCCCGUGCCAGUGCAAAGACGCUCCAACUUUCGCUAGCAGGUCUUAAGCGCGCUCUGUGCAACGGGAGCAGUACAGUUGGAAAGUGGGAUCGAGAUCCACAGCAAAACGGCACCAUCGCACCUCAUCCGGUGUUUGCGAACUCAAAAAACAGCAAACCGCGCAACGCUCAAGCCUUGCCGGCCUAACAGUUUGGCGCCUCCAUGUCGCGCGAGGAUCCCGCAACCCUACGUCUCGACCCCAGGGUUUACGAGUCGGUCCGCGGAGUCUAGUCGCCUAUUCCAAUCCGAAUCGAAUAGCUGAGUACCGGCUUUGAUGGACUCUCUUCCCACUGCGGGUGCGCCAAAGGUCGCGAUACCCCGAGUAUCACAUCCUGCGUCCCGAGGCCUUUCGGGAGAAAAGCAUGAGCAGAGGGCACCGCGCGCGAGACGAGCUUGCCUGAAUUGUAGGAAGCGGAAGAUCAAAUGCUCUGGUGACACACCACGCUGCGCUAGUUGUAUCGCAAACGACCUGGACUGUGUGUACGACCAAGCCCGUCGUGACAGGCUCAAAUCAGCUACGAGCAAGAACAAGGAUCUUGUUCUUCUGCUGAAAGAACUCAGUCUGCGACCAAGUCUCGACGACUCCGAUAGAGCCCGGAUUCAGGACGCGCUCGAAGAAUUCGAAGAUGACUCCAUGUCAAUGGUCUCAGGCAAGUCUGGAAAAAGAAGGAAAUUAUCGGUACCUGAGGAGCAGGAGAAAGAUGACGACAGACAUCCACCUACAGCAACUCACGCCCGCGAUUUGAUCGGUUCAGAAGAAGCCUUGGCUCUCUUGGAUGAAGACCUCCUGCGCAACCGAAAAUCGCGGUCAACCGGCUACGUAGGUCAGGGCUCCGGAGUCCAAUGGCUACGGAUUCUACAGGAUGAACUCAAACCGGAGGGCCCUGACCAACAUGCAGUCUCGGAUAAAAGCAACUUGGUUCAGCAGCCUUCUGCACACAAAGCUAUCUCGUCUGCUUCUGUUACAGACGCUUCGUUUUAUCUCGAUGCGAACAGCGCCGAGCUGGACGUGGACGUCGAUCCUUACGAGCUGCCCCCAAAGGAGGCCGCAUCCAAACUUUUUGAGUGCUACAAGCAAACUGUCCACAAGUCAUUUCCUUUCCUCCCACCACAGUUCGAAGACCAGUUCCGACGCUAUUUUGAAGCUGUGAAGUCAGAACGCCCGUUCACCGUUCCGGAUAGAUGGUUGGCAAUCUUGAAUGUUGUGUUCGCCAUAGGCGCGCGGUACUCGCACUUGAUCAAUGCUGAGUGGCAGGGAGAGGAACGGGAUCACCUGAUCUAUAUGACGAGGAGCGUUCGUUUGCUGGGCUCCUGGCCUUUCGCUGCUGCGCCAGAUUUGGCUUUGAUACAAGUGUCUGGCUUGUUGGCUUUCUAUUAUCAAGUUAUCGGGCAUGUCAGCAGAGGGUGGAUAAUGAUCGGCAUUUCUAUUCGCCUAGCUCUGGCCCUUGGUCUCCACCUGCGCAAUGAGGAUCCGAACAUACCAUUCAGCAAGAAGGAAACUAUCCUGCGUACUUGGUGGGCCCUCCAUGCUAUCGAAUGCCAACUGAGUGCUAUCACUGGGCGGCCUUGCGUCCUUAGCCAUGAAGAUUGCACGGUCGCACUGCCCCAAACGUUGUCUGAAGAUCUGCCUAGCCCUAUCAGCCCUAUCAACCCUACUCAGCCUUCUUGGAAAAAGGAAAGCUCCCAAACACCGGCUAGUGGUAGCAUGUCUGAGGAAAGUCGUAUACUGCAAUCUCCGCGAUCGUAUCUAGAUGCGCAUCUGAAAAUCGGCCUCAUCAUGCAGAAGCUCUUGUCUGAGCUCUACUCUCCUCGUACCGCCCAGUUCACUUGGAAGCGCGUUCAAGAAAACAUCCCCAGACUACUCCAAGAGCUGGACGACUGGAAGCAAGGUGCAUUACCGGACAAGGAUAUUCUCCGUGUACGGUUGUCUCCACAACCCGAGGGCCCGCGCGAAGACCUUUUGCUACGGUUUUACUACUUCAGCACCAGAAUUUUGAUCACGCGUCCAUGUCUUUGUCGUUCUGGACGGAAGACUAAAGAUCAAAGCGAUCCUUCCGCGUUGUUCGAUCAACGGACCGCAGAGACUUGCGUGGCAGCAGCGCUUGGUCUGGCUGAGUUGUUGCCUAGUUCUGACCCCCAGUCCUUGUAUAGGGAUGGUCCUUGGUGGUCGAUCGUUCAUAUGAUCAUGCAAGCGAUGGCAGUUCUACUCCUAGAACUAUCCUACGGACUGAACCACAUGCAAGGCGAUCGAUCAGAUGUCAAAAAGAGCGUGAAGAAGAUGCUCCACUGGCUCGGUGCGAUGCGCCACACUGAUACCAUUGUGGAGCGAGCGCACAAAGUCGUCAUCCGGAUCCUGCAGCAACAUAAAUUUCAGACCGUAUUCAACGAGAUCUUGACCGACACCAAUCCUGCACAUGAACAGACUCACCAUGCUUCGUUCAAUUCUGGUCAUGCUCACCCAGACCCAACUAUGUACCCACCAAUGGGAAGCAUGAUCCAAAUGCUGCCAACUGAGUGGUACAGCGGCCCCUUCGCUGCUAACACCCAGCCCGAGGAUGUCGUCUUCAGCCCAGUCACGACGAACCUCCAAAUGACGGAUCCUCAGCUGCUAGUAGGCUUCGGACAAACCCAAGAACAGCCGCAGCUUCUUUCUCAGAUGACCCAGAUGCCUUCACAGGCAGAGCAGUAUCGGUAUCUUGAAUACCCCUACAACAACCAGUUCAUGUUCUCGAACCCGUUCAUGACUAGCUACGACCAAGACGCCCCGUUUAGCCUGAAUCCGGACGACCUGUGGCCGAGAGCUGGAGCUUUGGGGGAUGGAAGCCUUGGUGAGCAGAAUGGCAUCAAUUAUCCGAGUUAUAUGUACGAGAUGGACCAGAACGCCUCGAGUGGCUCGCAAUAGCCGCAGUAAGUUGCUGUGAGUUGGUGCUUCGACUUGAAGAAUACGAUC